GCAAUUGCAGCCAGAAGCUGGGAAAGGCGGACCCAUCGGCCGCCGCGAGGGCUUCCGCAAGUGGUUCCGCCUUCUUCGGCGACUAUGGCCGUCGCCCGCCGGGAUGCAACGCCAGCGCUACUCGCUUGGGGAGCAAACAGCUAUGGACAACUUGGCCUUGGCCAUAAAAAUGAUGUGCACCUGCCUGUGAAAUCAUUUCUCUUUAAUCAGAGUUGUAUCAAAAACAUUACUGGAGGUGGAGGCCAUUCUGCUGUUCUUACUGAAACUGGAGAGAUCUUUUUCUGUGGCCAGAAUAAAGAUGGACAAUUGGGACUUGGUCAUACUGAGGAUGUGACAAAUUUUACCUUAUGUUCUUCUCUUUGUGGCUGUCCUGUCAUACAAGUUGCCUGUGGCUGGGAUUUUACAGUUAUACUUGUUGGAAAUGGCCAAAUAUUUUCCUGUGGUUCUAAUUCCUUUGGACAACUGGGAAUACCUGAUAUUUCAGGCAGAUGCACUAUUCCAGCAAUGAUUAAGUCUUUACAGGAUAAAGUAAUAAAUAUUGCUGCUGGACUCAGGCACGCAGUUGCUGUGACUGAAAAUGGUUCUGUAUUUCAGUGGGGAAUUGGUAUGGCAUCUCAAGCAAAGCGAAUGUGCCAAGAAAAAAAUAUUCCUUCUUUCUUGAGGGCAAAGGAACCUUGCAAAGUACCAGGUUUGGAAAAUGUCAAAGUGAGGAGUGUAGCUUCUGGCUCACAUCAUGUUGUGUCACUCACAGACAAUGGAGAUUUAUAUGUUUGGGGAAACAAUAAGCACAAGCAACUAUUAAGUAAAGACUCUGUUGUUUUGGAACCUCAGAAGAUUGAAGCCCACUAUUUUGAGGGUGAAAAAAUCAGAAGAAUUUGGAGUGGUUGGACACACUUGGUGGUACAAUCAGAGACAGAGAAAGUCUUCACAUGGGGUAGAGGAGACUAUGGUCAACUUGGAAGAAGUGAGAUGCCAUGUGAAGGGCAGAACCAGGAGAGAAAGGGAUCAACAGAGCAUCAUUUGAAACAGUCAUCUUAUGCUCCUGCUACAGUAUCCAGACUCUCUGGUGCAUCUGAGAUUGCAUGUGGUUCAGAGCACAAUCUAGCAAUAGUUGGUAACCAGUGUUUUUCCUGGGGAUGGAACGAACAUGGCAUGUGUGGCAAUGAAACAGAAGAAAAUGUUUGUUUUCCUCAGCCUGUGGAACCUCUUAGUUCUUCAGAGCUGCUUUUAAUUGGAUGUGGAGCUGGACACUCUUUAGCAUUUUGCUUUUUACCAAGCUUAGACAUAGCACUGUAGAACCCUCUGAGCAAUUUUAAAUUCUCCCUGAGGUUUGUGCUUGGUUAAUAAAUGCAGUUAAUGUCAAAGCAAUUCAGUCAUAUGUAGCCAUGACAAGAUUAUCUAUAUUAUAUACUGACAUAGUCUUUUUGUUGGGUUCAUAUUUUAAAGAAGAAAGGGAGAUUUGGGGGGGGGAGUUAUUUGAGGGAGGCAAAGUAUAAAAACAUUUAGGUGUGAUGAAAUGACACAGGAUGUGCUUUAUUUAUUGUCAAGCGUGCAAAACCAGAUUUACAGUAAUGAACUGAUUUAUUACUGCAGCCUGUAUAUAGGAAUCUCCUGAUAUUAAGAGUUAGCACCUGGACAGAACUAGAUAAAUAUUAAUGGAAUUCAGAUGUGGGUUGGACUUAGUUCGCUUGUGGCUACAAAAUGAUUCUAAACUGAUGCCUAUUUUAACUCCUCCCCCUGGCUCUGCCAGUCUCUUUCCUACAUUUAUUGAUACCACGCACAUGGUUAUAUCAGGUAGUUCUCGCUUAAUGACUGCUCUGUUUAAUGAUUCUUCAAAAUUAUGAUGGUGCUGAAAAAAUAACUUUAUGACCAGUCCAUGCACUUGCAACCAUUACAGCAUCCCAUGAUUAUAGGAUCUCCAAUUGUAUAUUUCAUAGCCAGCUUCCAACAAUCAAAGUCAAUGAAGAAGCCAACAAUCAAAUUACAAGUCACAAUCACCCGAGAGCUUGCUUAAAGAUUGUGUUGGUAAGCAACAGAGUUGCCGAUCCCAGAUGAUAAUUAAAUGAAGGACUAUCUGUCCAGUUUUUAUCCAAGAAAAUAUAUUGGAGCAUUGGUCUCAAUAUUGAAGAUUUAUAAUUGGACUAAACUGUUUCAUCAAUACAAAUGCAAUCAGAUAUAAAGACUUCCAGGUGAGAAAAAUGGUAGAUUGAUGCUUCUCUGAAAGGGUAGGGAUGUUGAGGAUGGAAUUAUGCCUGCUGGCAAGGCCUACACAACUUCUCCAGGUAAAAAAAAGCUAAAAAGAUUGCCCAUGUGUACUCUAGGUAGCAGUUUCUUAUGAGGAAGCCUGCAGCACCCAAAAGGAUUCUGCAGGCAACUCAUGUGUAAAAUGUCCCCAGCCAAGGAAGAUCUGACUUGCAGCCUCAAUGGAGCCUUUAAUGGAUACCAAGUCCCACUUUCUUAAGCACUUCGGAUGGUAACUAUCUAAAAAACUAAAGAAUUCUCUGGAGUUCUAGCAGUUUUAACUGGACCUUCUGUGUUUAACAGAAAAAGAACAAAAAAAAAUCUUCAGGAAUUAACUUGCAGCAAAAAGCACAGUAAAAGCUUGGACUAUAAAAGUUUUAAACAAACAUAGGGACCGGGGGUAUUUUUUAAAAUUUGUUCUACUGUAGGUUCCUGUAAAUGUAUUAGAAGAAAUAUCCACAACGGUGGAGUGGAAUGUGAGGAGAGCAGAACUGACUGAAAUGGCUACAUUGACUUGUGUAAUUAAUGAAGGAACAAUAGUUCUUUUUUUUAAAAAAAUAAAAGAAUGGAAACCUUUUUGAACAAAAAUAAGUUGGUGAUUUGGGGAUUAAUCAGCAGCCCUGAUUAAAAAGGGUUGCUUACAGGAAGACAGGAUCCAAAAUAUAUAAUUUCAGAGGCUGGAAAAAGUGAAUAAUCAUGCUAGUAAUGGCUUGCCUUCAGAAGUUGUGAGUGCUCAAUCGCUGGAGGUUUUUAAGAAGAGAUUGGACAACAUUUGUCUGAAAUGGUAUAGGGUCUCUUGCCUGAGUAGAGGGUUGGACUAGAAAACUUCCAAGGUCCCUUCCAAUUUUGUUAUUCUGUUGUAUAUGUACUAUUAUCUGAUGCAAAGAAGAUUGGAAGUUGCUUCUUUAAAUAUCUUUCUUCUUUGUCUCAAUUUUUCAUUUAUUUGUUUAUAUCUCUUACACAACACGCAUAUAUGUACACACAUAAGCAAUCAACUAUGUACUAAAAUAUGUUGCCAACACUCAUGGUUCCUUGUUACGCCUGGCUAUUGACCGGCUACUGACAGGGUGUUUUGCUGGGUCACAAAUCCAGAUGCCCAUUUUGAAAGGCCUUUGUGAAUUAGUUCAAUAUCUAAGUGGCAGCACUAGAUACCAAAAUACUUUUCCUGAGUCGUCUUCUUUUGUUCUUUAUUUCAUUUUUGGAUUGAAUGCCCACCACCUAUAUUUCAUAAGUCAAACUCCUGAAUAUAUUUAUUAGAAUUGGGCAGCCCUUUUGAUUACGUUUCAACCAUAUGCAGGUCUGUGAAUAUAGCACCUG